AUGGCGAAGGUCGAAGGUAUCCUCGUACCUGAACCGGCGGUCCAAUUAGUCGACCACUUGGCGUGCAUUGGGAUUCAUCGCCGCUCGGACCGAGCCUUGCAUGCGGUAGUCAGUGUCCCAUGGAUGGGGAUGAACUGGCCCCAAGUAGGUCCCAGCAACCCGCAGGCGUCACCAUGUGUGCGUCGUCUUUCGCGGGGAUUGUGCCUUCGUCUCGGACAGCAUGUCGGAACCGACGGGUGGGCAACAUGGACUCACCCACAUACCGCGAAGCUCUACGCCCUGUGCCUCAAGCAACCGGCUCGCAUGACACACGACGAGCUCCAGGCCUGCUAUGAACUCGUUGAGAAGACGAGCGGCGACGACUACCGCGCUUCCGCCGAUGGCUGGCACCCGAAGAAGAAAAUGAUCGAGAUGAAAUCUGCCGAGCUGCGCUACAUACUCGUGCGUGAUGAGAACAAUCAUCUACGGGGCUUCACGAGCCUCAUGCCAACGCGGGAGGACGGCGAGCCUGUUGUCUACUGCUACGAGAUUCAUCUCGAGGACGACUUGCACGGUACCGGAUUGGCAGCCUUGCUGAUGGGCUUUCAGGAGGCCAUCGCCCAAAGCAUCCCAAUCGUCGAAAAGGUCAUGCUGACGUGCUUCAAGAGCAACACCAAAGCCCUGGCAUUCUACCGCAAGCUUGGGUUCGAGAAGGAUGCCCUCUCGCCCGACGAACGGCGCCUGAGGGGCGGCAAGGUCUUCGUCCCUGAUUAUCUCAUCAUGAGCCGCAUCGUCGCGCGACCUUCUUGA